GGACGGAAUGCAUCACGGUUUGCGCUGAACAAUUUUUCUUUGUUUAUGUACGACGUAAUCGUUAUCGUUUUAUACAAAAAACGCGAGUGAGUCACCGUAACAACACAAUUGAAUAAAACAUACUUUGUAUUGUAGGGUAAUGAACGGACCUAGUUCUAAUUAAAUAGAUUACAAGUAAAUUGUAAUCAGUAUCCAUCUUAGGUUCUCAAAACAAGAAUUUGGUCUUAAUUUAACCACCCAAAUGAUAAGUGGAGCACGGAAUGGUCUUAUAAAUUAAAGAUGUCUUUGGAUAUAGAAGAAAGUCCCAUAAUUAACUCGGACAUUGACGAAAAUGUGACCAGCAGCAACCGAAACCUAAUUGUGGAAGAUCGAGAAACAACAGGAUGGAUCAAAAGCCGCACAGUUCUUGGCAUCAUGGGCUUCCUGGGGUUCGCCAAUGUGUAUGCCAUGCGAGUGAAUCUCUCUGUGGCUAUAGUGGCCAUGAUCAACUCGACAGCUCCGGUGCCAUCAUCAAACGACUCCACGUUAGAUGUAUGCCCGGCUGGAAUACCCGAUAAUAGUACAGUAGUACCAAAAACUGGUGACUUUAAUUGGUCUGCUGAACAGCAGAGUAUAAUUCUAGGCUCUUUUUUCUAUGGAUAUGUGCUGACACAGGUCCCUGGAGGCCGUAUAGCCGAGUUAUUCGGCGGUAAACUAGUAUACGGUGUCGGCGUCCUACUGACCGCCUUAUUCACCAUACUUAGUCCAAUCGCCGCUUAUACAGACUUCAAAUUCUUCAUAGCCGUAAGAGCGUUGGAGGGGUUGGGCGAAGGCGUGACUUAUCCAGCCAUGCACGCUAUGCUGGCUCGGUGGAUUCCGCCUUUGGAGAGGUCGAAGUUUGCAGCAUAUGUUUAUGCAGGCUCAAACUUCGGCACAGUGAUCUCACUUCCCAUAUCCGGGUGGCUAUGCACACUUGAUUGGGGCGGCGGCUGGCCGCUCUGCUUCUAUCUAUUUGGGGGUCUUGGAGUGGUCUGGUUCAUUGGAUGGAUGUUUCUGGUCUAUGACUCGCCGCAGAGCCAUCCGAGGAUAUGUCCGAAGGAGAUAGAGUAUAUUACGCAGAGUAUAGGACCACAGGAGGAUAAAAGGGGUAUGGCCAUACCCUGGAUGAAGUUCCUAACAUGUGUUCCGCUGUGGGCCAUACUAAUCGCACAGUGCGGGCAGUCCUGGCUGUUCUACACGCAGCUGACAGAGCUGCCGAGCUACAUGAACAAUAUAUUGCACUUUGACAUAGUGUCUAAUGCCAGACUAUCAGCGAUCCCGUACUUCACGGCGUGGGUGGCCGGUAUCAUCAUCAGUAUCUUUGCUGAUUGGCUUUUAGCGAAGGGAUUCAUCUCGCGGCUCAACAGCAUGAAGCUGUGGAACACAGUCGCGGCAUUCAUCCCUGCGUUUGGGCUGUUGGGCAUCGCUUGGGCGGGCUGCGACCGCACCGCUGUAAUGCUGUUGCUCAGUAUCACCUCCGCUUUCGGUGGCGCAGUCUACGCCGGUAACCAAAUGAACCACAUCGACCUGUCACCGCAGUUCGCGGGAACCAUGUACGGUAUCACCAAUGCCGCCAGUAACCUCUGCGGUUUCCUGGCGCCGUAUGCCAUAGGCCGCAUUAUUAGCAGCGACCAGCAAACGCUGGGCCAGUGGCGCGAAGUGUUCUACUUGGCUGCGGCAAUUGACCUCGGGGCCAAUCUAUUCUACUUAUUCUUCGCUAGCACGGACGAACAGGAUUGGUCACUCCCAGAAAGUGACGACAUGACCGCCUCAGCGCCGGUCGAGAGCAUCAUGUACGCCGAAUCCUAGGGCUUGGCCUCGUUCCACGCCGGCGACGCUCAGGUGACACUCUGCGCUUACACUUAGCAGAACACACGAGUUAACCCUUGUUACGGCAACGCCUAAAGACGCCACUAUUUCUGUCCAAAGAGUCAAAAGGUUUACAAAACUUUAAGCUCGGCAGAGAAGUGCUCUAAAGAAGAGACGCUUUCCACAUAUAUUUUCGUACAUUCAGCCGCCUGUUGCUAUCUCUAUUGCACGCGCAUAAUUAUAUUGCUGUGCUCGCACAGUGACAUUGACAACCGGCAUCAUGGGCUAUAUAAUUUUCACUUCUCAUGCUCGUAAAGUUUGACUACGUGCGUAGACGACAAAAAGUUGCUUAGUCUUAUGUUCUAGAGCAUAAAGUAAAACCAUCUAUUACGACUCUAUUGACUUAGCAAUAAAGUCCAAAAUCUGCCAACGAACUGCCAGCCCUGCCGGCGCCCCCGACCGGACCGGAAUUUUCUUUAGUCUUGAAUAAAUACGGUAAAAUAACCUAAAAUAUUGGAUACUUUUGUAUGUAUAUUUUACUCAGGCAUAAAUGUCACUGUGUUUUAUGCCCCUGUUGUACAAUCUACUAUAUACUAUAUGCGCGUGCAUUAGAGAUAGAAAUAGGCGGGCCAGUGUACGAAAAUCUAUGUGGAAAGCGUUUCUGCUUUAGUACUAAUGAAUAGUUAUCGAUAACAGUCAGCGGCAGAAGCGUACCAUCGACAACUGUUAAAAUUUGUCAAUUUUUCAACCUUACUGCAAACAACAUAAGCCACCAGUCACUUAAGUGUGCUGUUAGUCUAUUGUCAGUUACAUGCGUGCUUUCUAAUAACAAUAACAACAACUCUUAAGAGUAUCAGGUGACAACUUAUUUAAUAUAAAUGCUUAUGGCUUAAAUUUGGCCACAUUGAAUAUAAAAGUGGUUUAGUGAAAUUUAAUAAUAUUUGAAAGUAAUAUUGAUACCAAAUUUUAUUUCAUUAAUCAUUAUGUUAUUAUUUAACCAGUUAUGUCAGAGACGGAAGACAAGUUUAACUUCGUGCGUAUUGUACAGUCAAAUAGAUAGUGACGGCCAAAAUGGCCAAAUAUAUCGGAACACAUCCUCAUUUCUACGAUAUAGUACUAUGCCUUAUGGGAAACGGCCGAAGAGACAGUUCAGAUCCGGAAACCACCACCAACUUUUAGUAUGUUGUUGGGCAUGGUAUUGGAUCUCCAAAACUGCCGGGAACAGCGGCGGCGGCCAUCUACUUCAGCGGAAUGACGUCAUCAAAAUGACUCUCGCCUCGUUGCGAAUAUUGCAUAUUGCACCCAAACUAUACAUUGCACAUACACGUGUGGGGUAUUAAACGAAAGCCAAUUAAAUUAUUUCAUUUCUACACUAUGUACCAACAUAUACAACAUUUUAAGAGAAAAUUAAAAAGAAAUCAAAAUAAUGAAAAAAAAAUUCGAUUAUUUGGGUUUUACAACCGAACCAAAAGUCGACG